AUGAAUUGUGAAGCGUGUCGUAAUCGAAUUACUGGCGAGGAACUACUCCGAUGUAUAAAGUGUAUGACACAUUAUCAUUAUAUGUGCCUGAACAUAACUCAAUCUUAUUACAAGGCUAACCUGGGCGAACUGAGAAGGUCCUGCAUAUGUCCACUUUGCAUCAACGUAACUAGGCGAAAGGGAAACAACUGCAAUACGCCUGUUCGGAAACAACUAGAAAACAGGGAUGAAUCUAGCAUGUCCUGCGAAGACCUUACGAUUAGUGAAAACACCGUUGAAAUUAGUCGACCAGUCAUGAACACAGUUGAAAAUACACCCACAACAAUAAGGAAUGAAGUUAGUGAUCAAAUAGCCAAACUAAAAUCCGAGUUCACCGUAACGACAGAUUUUCUUGCGGAGGAGCAAAGGGACGUAAAAGCUGAACUUAAGACGUUGUCAGACAAGGUCCGCAAGCUUGAAGAUGAAAAUGUGCUACUACAAUCCGAAUUGUCCCAAAUGAAUGAAACUCUGCAGGUCUUAGACAAAUCCUCAAGAAACUGCAACAUUGAAAUCCAGUCGGUACCCGAAAAACGAUCGGAAAAUUUAUUGUAUGUGUUGAUGAAAUUGUGUGAGGUCAUAAAUUGCCCUUUUGCUGAGUCAGACAUAAAAUCUAUCCGCCGUGUUGCAAAGAUGAAACCUUCGUCAGACCGUCCCCGCAAUAUUAUUGCGACGCUGCACUCGGAACAUCACCGCGACACUAUCAUCUCUGCAGUGCGAAGAUUCAAUAAAGCAAACAAGUUGUGUCCGCUAAACUCAUCUCACAUGGGCUUGGCUGGCGAAAAAUACAAUAUCUACAUAUCGGAACACCUAUCAGCUGAAUGCAAGGCAGUACACGCCGCGGCAAGACAAUGGACUAAAAUUAACCACUACAAAUUUGUCUGGAUAAAAUACGGUCGUGUCUAUGUUCGUAAAAAUGAAGAAUCCCUUGCUAUACUUAUAAGAGACACUAGUUAUUUAUCAAAACUGUCGUCUAAUAACCCUGUAUAG